AGAACGGCCUGACACAGCUCCUUUGGUUUCUUUCUCUUCGUCAAGGAGAUAAGUUAGUUAUACCUUGCCUUGAAUAAUUUCUUCCCGGCUCCUUCUUCAAGUACCUUGCCUCUAAUAUUUCCAGUCUGCGUUGUACAGUCCUGCAGCACCAGCACCAUUCUUUGUGUCCUUUAGUAAUUCCCGGGAUCGACCGUUCAAGACUUUGUCGAGGGCUCGUCAUGUCGCUCAUUCAUAAGGUCUAUCUUGUCAUAUUCUUUUUGCUCUCUAUAGCCAUCGCCGAUCUCGUUCACCCCGGGCAAUAUGAUUACGGGUUUAAUGCCGAUGUGCGCCUCCGAAAACGGGAUCCCGUCCAGUCCCGUAUCGUCACCGGCGUUCCCCGUGUCGAUGGCAAGGCACAGCCGAGGCCAGACAUUCGAGACUUGCAGAAGGAUGAAGACAAGUGGAGCUUGUACAUCCUCGCUCUCAGUUGGAUGCAGUUCACCGAUCAAGAGAAACCGUUCUCGUGGUACCAGAUUACAGGGAUUCAUGGUGCUCCAGCACUUACAUGGGCAGAUGUCGACCCGACCCCCGGCAACGAGCAUAGCGGAUACUGUACUCAUGUGUCUAUUCUCUUCCCUACGUGGCAUAGGCCCUACCUUGCUCUAUAUGAGCAAGUAUUGUACAAUAUUGUUCAAUAUAUUGCAUCGCUAUAUCCGCCAGAUCGUCGGGGCCGCAUUCAGGAAGCUGCGACGGCUUUUAGAAUCCCGUACUGGGACUGGGCCGCCGUUCCACCGGAGGGAGUUAGUGUCCUCCCCUUAAGCGUUGGUGGUUCACCAUCUAUCAACAUAUCCGGACCAAACGGCAUUCAAACAAUCUCGAACCCCUUAUUCAGCUAUGUUUUCAGACCAUUUAACGCAUCGACGUUCCCUGACUUUCCGUAUAACGCAUGGCCAGAGACAAAACGAGCACCGCGUCCAAUAAAUAGUGCUAACGCAACAUCUAAUAACUCAUUCGUGGCACAUGCGCUAGACGUUCACCUCCCGAGCUUCCAACAGCGUUUAUAUAACCUGUUUUCCAAUUACCCAAAUUAUACGGCUUUUAGCAACGAGGCUUGGAUCCCUUAUGGAAACAACGGCACCUAUGAUUCUGUCGAGUCCCUCCAUGACGCAAUUCAUACCGUAGGAGGAGGCGUUUAUGGACAUCUUGCCAUCAUAGCCUACUCGGGAUUCGAUCCACUCUUUUGGCUACAUCAUACCAAUGUCGACAGGAUCUUUGCAAUGUGGCAAUUGCUUUACAAUGACACAUUUGUCGUUCCUCAGUCUGCUGUUUACUCUUCCCACACGACGUCUCCCGGCGAAACGGAAGACUCCCAGACCCCCCUUACGCCAUUCUUCUCUAAUGAAACACACUUCUGGACAUCAGAUAUGGUCCGAGACCAUGAAGUCUUCAAUUAUACCUACCCUGAGGUAGCCAACAAGAGUCGCGCAGAACUUAUUAUCACUAUCAAUAGACUUUACGGAAACUUCAGCCCAGCUGCUAUGUUCACGAGGCCAAGCGGGACUCAGCGACAUGGCAAGAAAGAUGAAACGCAAUUGGAUGAUCGGGGGUUGUAUGCCGCAAAUGGAUUAUCCUGGAACAGUCAGACAUCAUCUCGCCCUGCUAUGAGCGCCGUUUUUAGUAACGGAAAGUAUCGUGAGUGGAUUGCGAACAUACGAGUCAAAAAGCAUGCGAUGGGUGGUUCAUUUUCUAUCCACCUCUUCUUAGGAGAAAUUCCAUCUGACCCGUUGUCAUGGCCGGUAGCUUCCAGCUUAGUUGGCACUCUAGGAGUAUUCGCUCAUAGAGGUAUGCAUGGCAUGCAGUCUGAUCGAAAAAUCACAGGAACGGUCCCAAUAACCUCGGCGCUGAUGAAUUUGGUGGCAUCCGGGGAGGUACCGAGCUUACAUGCGGAUGACGUUGAGCCAUUCCUUAGGUCUAAUCUCGAAAUCCGGGUUUGCCUCGCCAAUGGCACGAUAGUCGAAGUUCAUGAAGUAGACGGCCUCUAUAUCCAAAUUAUCAGCUCAAUGGUAAAGGCGCCAAAAUCAGAAAACGUACUUUCGGAAUGGGGUGAAAUCGAAACCCAUUUUGAUCUAUUUGCAUAAGAGACAUAUGUCCUAGACAGUUCAUAGAAGGAUUGGCCAUGUUGUAUGUGGUGGGUUUCCUAUAGCAGCACCCUUGAGACCUGAUUAGGUAGAAGACUUUGAAGUGAUUCGAUUCUAGUUUUGUUUCUAUUGUUAAUAAUUAAUGGACAGAUUACUUCUCCUCUCUAUGAAGGUGAUGUAUAGAGGCGACGAGUGGCUACUAACUGCUUCUCCUGAG